CCAUUAGCCCUCGUGCUAUCAGAGAAGAAAUAUUUCUCCUCAACACCUGCGGUGCGUUGGAGACAUCGCGUGGGGCAGCACAGGAGAGGGGGCUUUGGAGAAAGGGGACAAAAUCAUCCAAAUGUGGCCGGCUGCUUUUGUCCUGCUAAGCAGAGUAAGGUGAAAGGACGUGCGCCGGAACAGACCUUUAUUUAGGAAUAAACGGGCAGGAUGGAGGGCACCAGGUCCCUGUGGAGGCGCUCAGUAAAGGAGCAGCUCCGAACCAGCCACCGCUGCCGGCUGCGUGAUGCCUGCACGGGUUCCCAGCCCCUCACCUCCCUCCUCCGCGCCCCUGCUGCUGAGGCUGUUUUUGGGGGCGUUGGGGGCACGGACACGCCAUAUAAGGUCAUGUGGCGGCAUCCUUCCUUUAUGACGUCAUCCCUCCCUUAUGACGUCACAGCCACGGCACAGUAUAUAAGGCCCGCUCGCGCCCACGGGGCCAGCAGUAGGGAUUGCCUCUGCUGCUGUGCGGUGCUGGUGUUUGCUGGGGGCUCAGAGCCUUCUGUCCCUCUCAGGCCCAGGCCGUGCGAUUGCUGGUGGCUUUUGCUGGCGGCAUUUGGUGACUGUUCACUGAGUUCCGGUAAUUUCUGGUUAUUUAUUAUUCGUGGUUAUUGAAACCAUGACCGGCGGUGGUGACGGCCAGGGGCCUGUGGCUCGUGGUCAGCCCUCAUCCCGUCGGGGCCCUGUGCAGCAGAACGAGCACGGGCAGGAGCUGGAGGCGCUGCAGGCCGAGCGUCUCCAGACCCAGGAGCUGCAGCGGCGCCUCAACACCGAGGCCCGGGAGAUGAAGAGGGCAGAGCAGGAGCGGCAGCUCCUGGCCCAGCAGCUGCGCUCCAAAUGGGAGCAGGAGCGGGCGCGGGAGCUGCAGCAGCUCGAGGAGCGGAGCCGGAGGCAGCGGGCGGCGGAGCUCUGGCAGCUGCUGCAAGAGAAGGAGGCCGAGCGGCGCCGGGAGCAGGAGCUGCUCCAGAGGCAGCGGGAGGACGCCGCGCAGAUCCUGGCCCUGAAGAAGAUGAGCCUGCAGAGAAGGCUCUUCUACAAAGAAAUGGUGAAGAAGGCCGAGUGCGGGGCGCCUGCCUCCCACGACAGGGACAAGGCCGCGGCCCGGCGCCACGUGGGAUUUCAAGUCUCAGGGCAGCAAGAGCCCUGCACCCCCGGCAGCGGAGACGGACGGCUUCUAGAGCAGAAAGCCAAACUGCUCAAUGACCUGCAGGAGCUGAGGAGGCGAUACGGGCUCCUGCAGGAGCAGGCCUGCCUCCUGAAGGACGAGGGCUCCCUGCUGGAAGCCAGGGAGAAGGCAGGGAGGCUCGCCAAGGACGUCAGCGAGCUGGGCCUCCUGACCAAGAAGCUGAAGGAAAGAGUCAGGCAGCUGAAAGAGCUUGCCUCGAGAUUUGAAAAUCCUGCUGCGAAGACUGAGGAGGUCGACCAGCAGCUGUUUGAAAAGGAGGCGAUGGAGAAGCUUCGGCUGCAGAAGAAGCUGGACCUGGAACGCUCCCGGCUGAAGAACAGGAGCGAGGAGCUCAAGGUGCAUCUGGCACAGAUGCUGGAAGAAAAAGCCGCACGCGACCAGGAGAACUCUCAGCUGCUCAGGCAGAACAAGAGGAUAAAGGAGACUGAGGCUGAAAACGCUGCUCUGAAGCAGGAAGUCCUGCAAGUGUCAGAGCAGCGAAAUGCUAAACAGCUCAUAGACGUACUGCACUAUCUCAGUUGUGAAUUUCAGAACAUGAGCCAACUGGCCAAAAUAAUGCAGCAACGGGAGAUGGAGCGAGAGGAAACAGAGCUCAUGCUGCAGAAGAAAGAAGAGGAGGCGAAGCAUUGGCAGAAGGCUUGGGCAGAGCGACAACGGGCACAUGAGGAAGAGCUGCAAGCGUUACGAGCGCAGCUGACACAAUCCGAGCAGCGGUGUCAGCAGCAAAGGCAGCGAUGUGAGCUGCUCUCACAAGGACUUGAGCUGGAGAAAAGCAAAAAUUCCAACCGGAUCAUCUCACACCUGCCCCAGGAGACGACAGCUCCCUCAGCACAGGCCCGGGACCUCACGGACCACGAAGACGGCUCUGAUGCUUCGGAAAAGUCAACCAUCAUCUACGCAAGCUCCACGACGUCAGAUGUCACCCUCGACAUCCCUGGGUGCUGCUUUUCCUCGGACGAGGGCUCUGUAGACGGGAGCGAAGAAUCGGAAGCAUGGCGCGUGUCCUCCACCCCACAGUCCCUGGGUCCGAACGAGUGCUCCCAAAUGAAGUUUCCUCUGGCUCUGGGAAACGACGUCUAUGUCUUUGGGGACAAGGAGCAGUGCUUCAAGCUGCUGAGGGAGCUGCAGGACUUUAGGAGAGGAAUUCUCCCCUCCACGGCAGUUGCAGCAGAAGGCUCAGCCCACAGCCAGGCGUCGGCUCCGGAGCUCCAUGACCCCGUGCCGGACAGCGGUACCGAAGCGAGUUCCUGCAGCAGAAGAGGACAGAAGAGCUGGAGAAGCAAUAAAUAAGGAAUAA